CAGAGCAGCUCAGCGGACUUGCUGGGAAGUUGGAUUUUUUUAAAUUAAUUAAAUACUGUACCUCGAAGUAAACUUUUCUCCAUUUCCUGUUCUCAAGGUCAAACAACACAGGUCUUUGUGAUCUCAGCGUUUUCAUUCUUUGGAAAUCAAAGGGUUAACUGUCUGACACAAACACUGAGUGAGACACACUGAGACACACUCACACAGACACAGACACAGACAAACACACACACUGAGACACAGACACUGAGACACGCACUGAGACACACACACUCACAUACAUACACACACACUGAGACACCGGUACUGCUGAGUGCUGUCGUUGCAGCGGUUCCUCGGUUCGCGGGUCAGUGCUUUCCGUGCCGGUCCAGUGGAUCUCUCAGCACUUGUUUGUUCUCGGCUCCCUGGGCGCUUUGUGAGCGCGGGCGGGGGAGGGAUGACCUUGGGGAAAGUCAAAGCUGUUCGCCUAUAUCAGGGUUCAAACUGCGGGACACGGAGGAGGGCGCAGCACGGUCUCUCUCAGGACUGAAGUAAACGGGUUUCUGGGGCAUUGGAAAUCAGUUAACCAUGGAGGCACUAGACUGUUUCUCCCAGGGCUUGGAGCCACGAUGCCGGUCCUGAAGAGCCUGCCAGGGAAGAUCAGAGGCUCCAAGCGCAGCAGAAAUCUGGGAACGCCAUCGACAGCCCCCGGAGUGCUCAUCCUGGGAACAAUGAACGGGGAGGCAAACCUCUGCGAGGAGGAGGAGGAGGGGGGUGGGGCGAACCCCUUUGAGGAAGAGGAGGGGGGGGUGAGCCCCGCUAGACCCUCCCCGGAUCCCUUGAAGGAAGAGGAGCGCAGCAGCCCCCUGAGGGGGACCCUGGACAGGAUCCGGGGGGUCUCCCCUCUCAAGACCCUGGGCAAGCUGGGCAAGGGGCUGCGCAGCUCCAUCAGGGGAAAGGGGACCCCUGGGGAGGAGAAGACCCCCAGCAGGUCCUCUGAGAAGGACAAGAGGAAGAGCAGCCGCAGGAGCUCUGAGGAGCAGAUAUCCAUACUGAGCCGUCUCCCUGGGAAGCGCAAGGAGAGCCUGUCGAAUGGCGAACCGAGCCCCCCAGAGAGGGAGGGGGGAGAGGGGGACCCCAAGAGGAGACUCUCCUUCCUGAAAAUCGGCCUGGGGGGUAAGAUCCGGCACGAGUCCCAGGCCGACAAACUGUCCCUGGAGAGAGAGGGGGAGCGAGCGGAGGAAGAGAGAGAGGGAGAGAAGGAGGAGGAGAAGAAGAAGGUCAAAGAGCCACUUUCAGUGUUGGAGAUCCUGCGGCUUGUGAUGAAGCGGGACCUCUUCGUGGCCGACACUCACAUCCUGGAACUGGAGCGGGAGUGCGAGGGAGGGGGCGGAGCUGAGGGUGGGGCCGAGGAGACGGGGGGGCAGUGCCGAGACAGCGGCCGUAAGUUGAAGGACGUGGAGCUGCUGUAUGAGGCGCUGCUCAAGGAACUGGGGGAGGUGGUGCGCGAGUCUUUGCUCCCCGACAGCCUUGCCCCGCCCCCUGCGCUGCCUCUGCUACUCCAGGUCAUCGAGCAGGAGGAGCAGGCCGACAGGGAGUGGGCUGAAAGGGAGGCCGGGGCCCCGGAGGGCCUCUCCCGGCCCCGGCAGCUCCGCAGGAAGUGGAAGGAGAGUGUGGCGGAGUCGGCCAGCAGCAGGCUCCCAUGUAGGGGGGACGCCGGGGCCCUGUCCGGGUUCCUGGGAGCUCUGAGCGAGCACGUGGUGCAAGAUCUGUGUGCUGUGAAGAGGAGCGCACUGCCCUGCUACCCCCCUGAGUACGAGGCCUUCACGGUGCACCUGCAGAGCUACCAUCAGGCCGUGGGGCAGAGACUGAGAGAGGCGGCUGCAGCUGAGCUGCACAUCACUGAGCUGCACACACUGCUGGACUGGGUGCACAACACCUACCACAGGGAGGUGCUCGAUCAUUCUGCCUUCAAGGAGCUCACUUCCGGAUCCCAGCUGUCUCCACUGCUGCCCCUCGACACCCUGAGCAAGCUGGAGAGAGACUACGUCAGCUUCGUCAAGGAGAUGGUGACGGAGGAGCUGUCUGAGGACCUGGACGCUGAGGAGAGGCGCUGGGGGGAGUCUCUGCAGAUCGAGGAGUAUCAGAGCAGUCUGGCCAACAACGUGAUCGCGAAGCUGCAGAUUCACCUCGACAGGGCCUCCCGCAUCACUGCGGAGCUGGGGGCGCGCGUGGCUCACUGCUGCCUCUCUGGCCUGGCUGACUUCCUGCAGAGCUUCCAGAAGAAGGUGGAGGUGUUUCACCAGUACCAGACUGAGAGCGGAAACCCAGCAGAGGGCUUCACACCCAGAACUAUCGCCCUGGUCAACUGCUGCCCUCCCUUCAGGAGUUUCCUCCAGCGCUGUGCUCAGUGUGAGUCUCAGGACUGUGAGGAGGGGCUGAGGAGAGGCAUGGCAGCCCUCGACAAGAUCGUGAGUCUGGGGGUGAAGGUGCUGGUAGAGCAACUGUUCCCGCAGAUCAAGCCCCACUUUGAGAAGCUGGUGAAGAGGAAGUGGCUGAACAACACUGAGGCGUUCGACUCGAUCACCGAGACGAUCAGGAGCCACUUCAAGACCUUCUGCAGGAUGGAGGGGCCCCCCUACCAGGCGCUGGUGUGUGAGGUGCACAGGCGUGUUCUUGUGGAGUACCUACGCGCGCUAAUGCGUGGUCGCAUCAUCUGCACCUCCGCCAAGAAGAGGAGGAAGAUGUCAGGCAGGCUGAGGGACGAGGGCAAGCAGAUCAAAGAGCUCUUCAGAGAACUGGAUUCCGGGAGCUCUUGGUUGGACAGUGCUGUACCUCACAUCUCUGAGAUCAUCGUACUGGAGGACACCCCCUCUAUUCAGAUGGAAGUUGGGGUGCUGGUGAGGGAGUACCCUGAUGUGCGUAAGAAGCAUGUCGCCGCCCUACUGGAUCUGCGGGGGAUGCUUCGGCAGGUGGAGCGGAUGGAGAUCCUGAACAUCGUGAAGGACUUGGAGUCCAGCCUGCAGCCCCUCCCCCGGGAUCGGGCGCUCUUCUCUGAGCUCCCCGUCACCUCGGAGGCGCGCUGCCUCAACCUGGGGCUCAGCCGGGUCGCCAUCACCACCUCCUCCAUGCUCACACUGCUCAGAGAGCGGGCCGGGAGAGGGAGGGGGGAGAGGAGGAGCAGCUCUGAGAGAGCGGAGAGCGGAGAGAGGGGAGAGAGAAGAGAGGAGAGGGGAGGGCUCAGCCGAGUCGCCAUCACCACAUCCUCCCUGCGCACACUGCUCAGAGAACGGGUCGGGAGAGGGAGGGGGGAGAGGGAGAGUAAGAGGGAGAGGGAGGAGAGAGAGGAGGAGGAGAAGCUCUGAGAGAGAGGAGAGGUAGAGGGGAGAGGGAGGGAGGAGAGAGAGGAGGAGCAGCUCUAAGAGAGUGUAGAGGAAUGGAAAGGAGAGAGGUGAGAGGAGGAGCAGCUCUAAGAGAGUGGAGAGGAAUGGAAAGGAGAGAGGUGAGAGGAGAGCAGCUCUAAGAGAGUGGAGAGGAAUGGAAAGGAGAGAGGUGAGAGGAGAGCAGCUCUAAGAGAGUGGAGAGGAAUGGAAAGGAGAGAGGUGAGAGGAGGAGCAGCUCUAAGAGAGUGGAGAGGAAUGGAAAGGAGAGAGGUGAGAGGAGGAGCAGCUCUAAGAGAGUGGAGAGGAAUGGAAAGGAGAGAGGUGAGAGGAGGAGCAGCUCUAAGAGAGUGGAGAGGAAUGGAAAGGAGAGAGGUGAGAGGAGAGCAGCUCUAAGAGAGUGGAGAGGAAUGGAAAGGAGAGAGGUGAGAGGAGGAGCAGCUCUAAGAGAGUGGAGAGGAAUGGAAAGGAGAGAGGUGAGAGGAGGAGCAGCUCUAAGAGAGUGGAGAGGAAUGGAAAGGAGAGAGGUGAGAGGAGGAGCAGCUCUAAGAGAGUGGAGAGGAAUGGAAAGGAGAGAGGUGAGAGGAGGAGCAGCUUUGAGAGAGAGAAAAAAAUGUGUCUUUAUCACAGGAACUGUGCAUGCUGGGGUUUCAAGUGAAACAGACCGGACUGGGUCUGGCGUGGAAACGAGCAGGACUGUGUUGAACCCGGUCUCAGUGACAGGUGGAAAUGAGCAGGACUGUGUUGAACCCGGUCUCAGUGACAGUGAAAACGAGCAGGACUGUGUUGAACCCGGUCUCAGUGACAGUGGAAACGAGCAGGACUGUGUUGAACCCGGUCUCAGUGACAGGUGGAAAUGAGCAGGACUGUGUUGAACCCGGUCUCAGUGACAGUGGAAACGAGCAGGACUGUGUUGAACCCGGUCUCAGUGACAGUGGAAACGAGCAGGACUGUGUUGAACCCGGUCUCAGUGACAGGUGGAAACGAGCAGGACUGUGUUGAACCCGGUCUCAGUGACAGUGGAAACGAGCAGGACUGUGUUGAACCCGGUCUCAGUGACAGUGGAAACGAGCAGGACUGUGUUGAACCCGGUCUCAGUGACAGGUGGAAACGAGCAGGACUGUGUUGAACCCGGUCUCAGUGACAGGUGGAAAUGAGCAGGACUGUGUUGAACCCGGUCUCAGUGACAGGUGGAAAUGAGCAGGACUGUGUUGAACCCGGUCUCAGUGACAGGUGGAAAUGAGCAGGACUGUGUUGAACCCGGUCUCAGUGACAGGUGGAAACGAGCAGGACUGUGUUGAACCAGGUCUCAGUGACAGGUGGAAACGAGCAGGACUGUGUUGAACCCGGUCUCAGUGACAGGUGGAAACGAAGCUCACUGCUGCACUGUGGACCCAGCGAGCUGCAGACUGGACUUGGGAACCAGGACACAGCCCUGUGGAAGAUACUAAUAUAUAAAAGAGACAGGCUGCAUCCUUCCACCAGUCUCCGAUCGGCAGGGCUGGAAAAUCAAUUAAAUAAAAAAUGAUUCAGACGAAGCAGUGAAAGGUUUCCAUCCCAGGAGAAACGUUGCUUGCAAUAAUAAGAGAUUCUUUCACAGCCUCCGCUAGCACGGCUCCACUCCAACAGUCUUGGGUUGCAUACAUUUUAAAGGGGUUGUUUGGGGAUCACGGGUUACUUAUUUAAUAUUGAAAAAAUCAAGGCAACUCUUCAGUCAUAGUAUCUGAAUCAAAUAGCAGUGAUAAUUCUAAACAUUCCUGUAAUUCAUUUUUAAAUUAUGAGUCUGGUUUAUACUGGGGGAAAAAUAAGAGGAGAUAGAGAGAAGGAAGCAGAGAGAGAGGAGGAAGAGGUUGUCAAACCUGAAGAUUAUGUUAAAACAUGGCUAGGCAAAGGUGGGCAUGCAGCUACCAACACCAGCAAUGAGGCACGCAACCCACAAGCAGAUGAGAACCUGAAGCAGGUACGGUCGUUCCAUUAGGUCUGGAAACAAAACUGCAAUGAUAAGAUCUGCUUCCAUCUGGUUUACUAAUUAACCCUGAGUUUAGCAGAUUAAACAGUUACAGCUACAACACUGGUCACAAUUCACAAAACACAUUCCAAAGCAGGCAUGCCAAGGGGUGAGUGAGCCUCCUUCUCUACUCUUACAAGAGCACAGUGACAGCAUGGUAAACAUAUUCAAAAACAAACCAUGGUAAACUAACCCUUAGCAAAGUUUACCACAGUAAAAGCACAGCAAAGUGUAAUAAAGCACAGUGGAAGCAUUAUAAAUGGGGCUUCUGAUUUUCAUUUUUAACUGAUAAUAGCCGAUAAAACACCCCCAAUACAAAAUAAAUGAAAUCAGUGGAUAGCCAAUGAACACCGGAAAAACUGUGGAAAUGGUUAAUCAAUUCACGCUGACUUUAUCCUUUUUCUAUUCAAAAAUAAAACCUACUACAAGAAUAAUACAUACAUUUCCCAGUGCUGCUGGGCAAUGUCCCGCCUUCCUGACUUGUAUCUAUCAUUGAUUCGUUCUGAAUACUUUAAACCCGCCCCAACUACUGAGUGACAGCACAUUCCUACAUUUCUAUUGGAGACUCCGCUUGCGAGAUUUAAAACAAGGUUACAAACAGACUGUACAAAUGUGCAAAAAUGCGUACACACAAAA